ACGAUGGCGUAGCAUGUGCUAACCCCAAGUUACAAGGUGAUGUAAUGGAUCUGGAUAAGGCACUAAUGAUGAAGAUUGGGCCGUGGGGAGGGCAUAGCGGUUAUCUUAAGGACAUCAAGGAGGCACCCCUAUGCCUAAACAGUGUCACAAUCCGCAGUGGAAAGGUUGUAUAUUCCCUUGCAUUUUCCUACAGUGAUGGCCAUGGAAAGCAGCACCAUGCAGGCCCAUGGGGAAUAUGCGAAAGCUUUUCUUAUGGGAGGUUUGAUACGAUUCAGCUAAGUUCCUUCGAGUUUUUGGCUGAAAUUUCUGGAACCAUUGGUUUCUCUACCCAAUAUUCUGCCAAUGUGGUAACGUCGAUUAAAUUUAUCACCAAUGUUGGUUCAUAUGGACCUUUUGGAGCUGGAGGAGGAAUUCCUUUCCAUAGUCCACUAUUGGGCAAAGGCAGUAUUGUUGGCUUCUUUGCUCAUGUUGGGAAGGCGCUAGACGCAAUUGGUCUCUAUGUGAAUUCUGAGAGGCAACCAACAAGAGAAGCGGUUUCGAUUAUGAAAGUUGGCCCAUGGGGUGGCAGUUCUGGGUUGUGCAAUGACGUGGCAGUGUUACCCCAGCGUCUUGUAAGUGUGGUGGUUCACAGUGGCGAGGUAGUCAAUUCGCUUUCGUUCACAUAUAGUGAUUGCAAUGGACAAGUGCACAUUGCCGGGCCAUGGGGACGGACGGUUGAGUCUCAUGACGGUAGUUCUCAUCAGAUUCUUCUCGGGGAUUCAGAAUUUCUGAUGGAAAUUUCUGGAACAGUUGGUCCGAGUCCUGACCAUUCAGAUGUUGUAUCGUCACUUUUAUUUGUCACCAAUGCCAGUAGCUAUGGACCAUAUGGACAAGGAGGGGGGACUCGCUUCCAAAGUCCACGUCAGAGAGAUGCUGUCAUCGUUGGCUUCUUUGCCAAUGGUAGAGAAUUUAUUGAAGCAAUUGGUGUCUAUUUUAGCCCACAGGAGGGGACAAACGAAGAAGAGGUACAAAAUUUCUUCCCUUGAAUCCUGUGUGCAUUAUGUUAUAUAUAUGGUCUUGUAAUCUGGAAGUGCAUGUGGAGUCAGCAGCACCAUGUGCAAGCAUGACUGCACACUCCUUUUCUGAAAUUUCCUUCUAUAUCCCUGGAUAAGAAGGUAAUUCUUUGUAUGCUAAUUAUUCAGCAAUUUUCUAUACAACUAUAUUUGGGUUUGGAUUCCAAGUCUGUAUAUCCCAGUAAUUAACAGAUUUUUUUGGCCUACAUAAGGUUUCCAAGGCCAUUUUCUGUGCAUAGAUAGCACCUUUUUUUUU